GGGACAGAUCCCGUGAGAGCAUCCCGCAAACAUUCAUGGUGAUCUUAUGCGCAUUGAGCCUUGUCUCCGUGUAACGUGACUUCCGGUCCAGGCUAGCUAGCACAUCUGUGCGCUAACGGAGUUGUAUACCUAGCUGGUGGAGACCGUGCCAGUGACAACAGGAACGAUAUGAUUAACCAGCACAUCGACUCAACGACAGCAAAGAACGCUAUGCAGAAACAAGCAAGUCAAGACAGCGAGAAAAGCACUAGCCAUGGAAGUGAAUCUUCAAAGCAGCUCUCUAGAGCGUCUUCGACCACCAGCGAGACUCCUAAAUAUGAGGAAGAGAUUGUCCUUGCAGAUGACCAAAGGGCAGAACUCAGAGAAGCAUUCGGGUUGUUCGAGAAGGCAGGAAAGGGCAGAAUUAAUGUCCGUGAUCUCGGGGCCCUGCUGAGGUCGCUGGGAAUGAACCCAUCAGAACGAGACUUGGAGGAAGCCAGGCAUGAACUGGAGAUCAGCGGGACCUUCUCUAGAGCACGAGGGACGGUGUCGUUUGCUGACGUCGAGCGCUAUAUUGCGAGGCGGGGCGGAGUGUUUUUAGGUUGUGAUGAGGAAGAAGAUAUUCACGCAGCCUUCCAAGUACUGGAUCGAAAUGGAAAUGGGCGGAUUGAUAUUGAUGAGUUCCGGCAUUUUAUGACCACGAUGGGUGAGCGCAUGACUCCCGAGGAAGUUGAGGAACUACUUUCGGUGGCAAAAAAGGACGGCGAGGCUUUCAUUGAAUACAAAGACAUUGUGAGAGCCCUGCAGAGCGCCAACACGUGAUAUCAUUUCCCUUCAAAUCGACUAAUCUCAGUCCGCACUUUUCACUCACCGAGUGAACUCCUUUGGCCCGGACCGGAAACUGCCUUUGGAACGGAAGUAGUUUUGGUGUAGAUGGCGCCCCCAGCCUCGAAGUGGCGCAGGGACAGCGAGAGACAAGUGGGCCCUGACUGGGGAUAACUUGGCGUGACAGUUUCAUCAUUCCAGGGCACAAUGUGGUACACCUACGUUUAUUUCAAGACGUUUGUAUGAAGAUUUCAAGCAUUUUUCUUCCAAAGGAGGACUUGGCUUUGGUGUGAUCACGGUUUUUGCAAUACAUUAUAUUUCAUAUUUAUCUAUUUUUUCACUUUUAACCAACUUGUUAAUGAUACUGGGUAUUUUAUUUCUCCCCACCUGUGUUUCGUCUCACCAUAUGGUAUAAGGGUCCCCCUGGACGUUCCAAACAUAUCAUGCACUAUGUAUAGAAGUGACCUUGUGUUUUAUUGCGAUUGGUGUUCGAGCGGGCUCGAACCCUGACAAUGAACAGUUGUACUCGUUUUUUACACUUUUUACCAGAGAUAUUCCAUAUGUACACAGAGCACACGCGACUACAUGAACACAUAGUUAUAACAGUCGACUACGUAUAUCAAGUAUAUGCAAGUAUAUAUUUUACAGUCAGACUGUGAAAUUAGUCAUUUCAUGAAAUGAAACAUUAUACACGCAUAUAAAGCUCUACGCUUCAUACAUAUUUUGCCUGAUGUUGGAUGCUAUUCUGUGACAAAGUAUUUUAUUCAAAAAUUCCCAUACAACACGCUUCAUUAAAGUAAAGUAAUAGGAUUGAAUAAUUUGAUACCUUUAUGAAUAUGAUAUACAGUUAUAUUCAGCACAAGGUUAUACAUUAUGGAGUCACCUGGGCGUUUUUGCCUUACGUAUUCUACUAUUUUAUCACCAACGUAGAUAUAGAUCCACAUAAGUGUUUACCUUGAUGUUCACUCUCUGCACCCACACAGUCUGGUGUGGACAUGGACCUUCUUUUGGACAGCCACUUUUAUGCAUUGAAGUAACCCCUGAACACCCACGGCCUGUCCUAUAGCAUACUUCAGUAUACACACUGGCAUUCUGCCAUACACUAUUUCAUGAUUUUACUAUCAAUCAUAUAUGACCAGAUCUGCUGAAUGUGAUAGGGUUCGUUUCUCAUAAAUCAACAAAUUGAUAUUUGUUUCAUGUAAACCGUUGCAGGACUCGAUGUAUACGUCUUCCACUCUACAUAAGUCAAUACCUAUAACAUCAUGGUUCUACUCCCUACCUUCGAUCGCAAUACUGGUCUGUGUAUACUACUCAAUUUACUUAGGGACAGGGCCGAUAACUUCCAAAUUGUAAGUCAUCAAGUCUUUGAAAGGUAUUUAGAAGUGAUACAUACGAGGAAGAGAAAGUAUGGUUAUCAACUGCUUUAUUGUGAGGAACACAACGUUUCGGGGUGAAUCCUUGAAUGUUCUCUGCCUCAUGGCAUUUAUUCACCUGAUGAAGGAGUAAGAAUAUACUCCGAAACGCUGUGUUCCUCAUAAUAAUGAAGUCGACAUCCAUAUUUUUUGCCAUUGUGUAAGCGGUGUAUGGCAUGCGAUAGGACAACUUCUAUCAAACGCUGAUUCGUGCAAUGUUCCUGUACUUUGAGAAUGGUAUUAAUUAUGGAUAUUAUUGUUUUGUCGUUUUAAGAAUCUUUAAGAGAGAUCUUUCAGCAUUGAUAGAAGAAGAGUUGUUUGUCAGUGAUCAUAUGGCAAUAGUUAGAACUCGUUCAGUGUAACAUGACCGAAUUCGAAGCUAUCGCCACGAAUGUCAUUGUGUCUCAAAAUACAUUCAAACUCAUUGCAAACGUGUUUUUCAAAAAUGCAUUGAAGUCUCAUUUAAAGCUCAAGUUCGGUUGAAUUCAUUGUCGAACCGAGUUUAUAUUAAGAAAAAAGCAGUUAAGAAGUCAAAAGCUGACACGUUUUCAGUAUAUAUCUUAUUUAGUGUGCAAGGACUCAUAAUGGCGAUUUAUUUUCAAAGAAAAAUACUGUGACCCCACUGAGAGGGUUGAACUCAUGUGUAGGUCUGGCGCAGGGCAUUGGUACAUACAGUGAACCCUUGUUGAUCCGGAAUUUAUGGUUCCAGAUUUGCAAAUGUAUGGAUUAACGAGAGACGGAUAUGUGUAAAUGAAACAUUAAGCAUAUGUACACAUUCCCAACACUAGAUGACCUGUAGGAGGGGUAGCAGGGCCGUACUAACAGGAUUCCACUGAACAUGCACUCUCUUAAAGUGGUACCUGAAGACAAUGAAUGUUAAUCUGUUGUGAACUUUUAUUCAAUAUCAGGGUUUGUCAAUUUGACGAGAAGUCAUUAUGUAAUCUCCGGACAUUGGUUCGCCGACCAACAAAGCUGUGUUGAACGUUUAGAAUUGAGAUAAGUUCUUCGAAUAGUUCCUUCCCAGCAGCUAACAGUCGUGUGACAUCCCAGAGCUGUUGUGACUCAAUUGGCUGAGAUGGCUGGAAAUUCAAUAAAAGACAUACGUUAUUUCUGUUGGUGUAGACACAACUCGCUGGCGGGUCAGUUCAUGUCUAUUAAACGAUAUCAACUAUUGUACAAAAGAGUGACGUGUAGCCUAAUAUAGGGGCUUUGGGUAUCUUUCUAUUUUUCCACGUCUUUACGAAGGGUAAGUUCAAACAUUCCAUUGGAAGCACAGACGUGUCCACUCACAUCGUACUUACAAUAUUUGCCUUCGCUCGUUAAAGUAAUGAUUUGUUUUAACUGAACUGGAGAGUGUAAGACAAUGGUCCGGUUCAGUCAUGUUUAGAGAGUCAUAACGAAUGAAGGUAAAUAUGUUUGAAACUGGUCGUUCAGUCUGAAAACACCUUUUAUCACCAUGCCAAUCACGGGUAUGCAUUCAUUGACACAAUCCCUGAGUGGCAGGAAGAUGAUAUGACGCUGAUAGUCAUGGUCAACUUACAACGCCUGAAGUAUCUCAUGGCAACUGGGGUUAACUAUUACAAACAUACGUUUCUUAGAAAAGGAUGACGCCAGUUAGUGAUAACGCAGUCUGAGAUGAAAGGUGGAGUCAGACUUGACCAGUGCGUGCAUUACAACAUUUAUUGAAAUUUUACACUUUCACUUGUUUAUUUAUAUUAUUAUUCAUUUUUCAAUGUAAAUAAAUUAUUUUCCUUGA